AUGGCGCCUACCCCGCCAACUUGUGAGGACACACGCAAAGUGAGUCCUAACCUGUUUCAGGAAUUAAGCUCAGAUGAAACUGACGGAUACACGUCCAUGGACGACAGAAGCGCGAAAAACGAUGGUUUUAAACUCCCUAGGAGCGAGAAGAAGAAGGAAAAGUCCAUAAAGAAAAGAGAGGAGAAAAAGAAAGAGAGCGACGAGAAAAAUCAAACAGAGGAAACGAAGAAGGAUAAGGACAACCCAAAAGUAGAGGCCAUGGAGGAAGAAGUUCCCGACGAGGCAGGCAGAGGUACCACUAAAAGAGCACAGACAGCCAAAUCCGAGAGCGAAGAGGAUCCGAAUGAAGAAGUAGCAACCCUGAGAAAAGUGAUAAAAACGAUGAGUGCCAGGUUUCAAAUUGCCGAAGAUCAAAUGGCAAAGAAAGAGGAAGAAAACGAGCGACUAAGGGCCGAAAUCAAGAAGAUGUCAAACCGGUAUUAUUUAUUUUAUCACUUUAUGGUGAUUACUUUUGUUAAAUGGUGGAAAUAUUAG